UCACAACCUACCUGCACCUUCUUCCCAAUGGAGAACUCAGGCGAAGACCUCUCUUCCACGGCCAACCACUUCUCCUCCGGUGAUGGCAGCGUCGCCACCUCCGAGGAGAGCGGCUGGACGUCGUACAUCGACUACUUCAUGGAGACACAGCAGCGACAGAAAGGGGAGGCGAGCCUGGCUGCUGGUGCUCUCUCAACUGAAGAUGUUGGACGAUGCCGUUCUACAUCGGAGUACAGUGGUGAUUGUGGAGUAGGAGCCCCCACACGGCUGCCGGCGCUCGUCGAGCCGUCGGUGGUGUCGAGAAGGUUGAGCCUCAAGGAGGGUUGGAGGAGGAAGAAGGUCCUGUAUGAUGAGUCCUUAGAGGAUACUGCCACAUCUCCUAUCAGUAGCCCUAAGUUGAUUGAUGAGUUGAGGGACUCAGAUGCCAACCACCAGAGGAAAGGGAAUUCCUGUGAUGAGAUUUCACAUUCUAAGAAGAAUACAACUGGUGAUGUAAAUGGAGCAAACACAACAGCAGACACAAAAAUCAAAGAAGAUGGUGCAUAUGACAACAAUGAGCUAAGGAAGAAAGGGCUUUGCUUGGUCCCAGUGUCUGCUUUUCGUGUAUAGCUGAUUGAUCCCAUUAAACUCAUUGGUUGCUACCUGCUUGUACAUAUGGUAAUAAGCUUGCAUCAACCCUAUCACAAAUGUAUAUGUACACACACUUGCACAUAUGAAAAGAAGGUAGAUAGUCUUGUGAACCAAGGUGUGGGGCAGUAGGUACAAUUCUUGUGAACGUUAGUCUGUUGCUGUUCAUGAAAGGGUACAAAGUUCACAUGUGAAACUAAGGAUUUAGUGUUAGGUGAGGCAUCACAAUGGUGUGUUAGAUAUGGGGUCUAUUCCAUCUUGUGAAGAUUAGUUAUUCUGUUCAUGUAUGAGCUAGUUGUUGAUCUAUCUGUUCCUUCCUCA